AUUAACUUUUGUAGCAGCAGUGGGGGUUGUGUUUUGAGGUGGUUGAUGCAUAAUAGUGCAAUUUUGUUUUGGUGCAAUAUUUACGAAGCGCUUGUCAGUCUUCUUCCUCACACAUCUCAUAUCCUCCAACGGCAGCCAGUCAAAACCAGACGACAUGGUACCAGCAUGCAUCAACCACCUCAUGACACAACCCCCAUGGCUUCUCCUUGUCUCCUCUCUUGGCUUUCUCUCCCUCCUCACCCACACCCUCUCCCUCCUCAAAUGGAUCUUCGCCAAAUUCCUCAGACCUUCCAAGAACCUCAAGCACUACGGUUCCUGGGCACUCAUCACCGGCGCCUCUGAUGGGAUUGGAAAAGCCUUCGCACACCAAUUAGCCCUUCAUGGCCUCAACCUAAUCCUAGUAGGAAGAAACCCCCAAAAACUGGAAUCAGUCUCGACGGAGAUUCUAGCUCAAUCCCCUAUUACGAAAAUCAAGAUCGUGACUUUUGAUUUCUGCGGUGAUAUUUCGAAAGGCGUCCGCCUGAUUGAGGAGGCGAUUGAAGGGCUGGACGUCGGGGUGUUGAUAAACAACGUCGGGAUCACGUACCCGGCUGCAAGGUUUUUCCACGAAGUGGAGGAGAGGGUUUGGAUGGACAUCGUAAGGGUGAAUCUGGAGGGAACCACAAGGGUUACCAAAGCGGUGAUGCCGGGGAUGAUCAAGAGGAGGAGCGGCGCCGUCGUUAACGUUGGGUCCGGAGCCGCCAUUGUCGUGCCGUCGCACCCUCUGUACGCAAUCUAUGCUGCUACAAAAGCGUUCGUGGAUCAAUUAUCAAGAUCUUUGCAUGUGGAGUACAAGGGCUGUGGCAUCCACGUCCAAUGUCAGGUACCAUUGUAUGUGGCAACUAAUAUGGCAUCCAAGGCAGCAUUGAUUGAGAAAUCGACCCUCUUUAUUCCAUCAGCAAAUGAUUAUGUACAAGCAGCUAUUUGUCACAUCGGUUAUGAGCCACGGUGCACCCCAUAUUGGGCUCACUCGAUCCAAUGGUGCUUGGCUCGAUUGCUAGUACCAGAUGAUGUCCUUGAUGCUUGGCGUUUCUAUAUUGGAGUCAAUAGGAGAGGGAAACCCAAAUUUGAGUAGAAUACUUGUCAAAGUAAUUAGAUGAAUUAAUCAAAUUAAAUAUGUGUAAUUGAUUUUCCUGAAUGAAUUAGAUCCAUAUGGUUGUUAUAUAUAUAGUUUAUAUACAGUGUAAUUCCUCUGUUCAAUUUUAAAAUAUCUA